UCACGGACUCUCCGAGCCACUCAAAGCUCCCACAUGACAUCGCACUUUUCGCGCCGCGCGCUUUAAAAACCCCGCACGCCAUCCGCUUCGUCCACAAGAGACACCCGCCGCUGCCGCUGCCGCUGCUGCUGCUGUGAUUGCGACACAAGAGGCUCGUCUCGUCUCGCUCGCCGUCACCUCUUGGCUGUUUGUCCUCUCGGCAUUUUAUUCGUAUCGUCGUCGUCGUUGUUAUUCUUUCGGUGAGUUCGUAGCGUCGCUCUGUCAUCAACGCUGUCAAACCCUGCAACGGCAAUGCCAGCGGCGGCGCACCUGGCGAUGUGCGCGGCGCUCCUGUUGGUGAACGCGCGCGCCGAGAAACUCUUCCACGACCGCGACCACGGCGACAUCCAGCAGACUCCGGACAACGAAGCCGACCUCAUCGACGACACCGAGUCCGUGCAGCAAUACCUGCUCAAGUACGGCUGGGUAAAGCCCGUCAACUGGAAAGCCAUUGAGUACGAGAACGUGUCCAUUCCGCUGAACGAUGACCCGGCACCCAGCAACGUGAUCGACUCGUUGUCCGAGGGUGACACCGUGAGCCGUGACAAGGUGGAGGAGACGAAGGCCGACCCAACCCAAUCCCCGUACCUCGUGGCUGCUCUCAAGAACUUCCAGGCCGCCAAUGGGCUGCCCCAGACAGGGCAGUUCGACGAAGAGACCAAAGCGGCCAUGAACAAACCUCGCUGCGGCGUGCCAGACAAGCAGGCGCGCAACAACAGCAGCAGCAGCAGCACGAGGCCCGUGAACGAAACACAAUUUAGCGACAGCAACAGCAGCAGCAGCAACAACAGCAACAGCAACAACAACUCGAGGAGUGAUGGAGCAACAACCGCUUCUCGGGGACUGCUGGCUGACCUGGUGACCCACGCCCGGUCCCGUCGGGCCGUUGUGGUCGAUGCCCCUCUCAACCCGGGCCUGGCGUUCCCCAAAAGCAACCUCAAGUGGCGCCUCAUAGGCGAGGGCUACAGCUCGCAGUUCACCACGGAGGAGCAGAGGUUCAUCGUCAGGCUGGCGUUCCGCAUGUGGAGCGAGGUCAUUCCGCUCAUAUUCGAGGAAGACCUCAAGUCGCCCUCCACAGACAUCGACAUCAAGUUGGGAUUCGGAACAGGGCGUCACCUGGGCUGCUCCCAGGUGUUUGACGGCAGCGGGCAGGAGUUUGCCCACGCGUGGCACCUCGGAGACGUCCACUUUGACGACGACGAGCAGUUCAGCACCCCGCGGAGCGACCAGGGCAUCAGCCUGCUCAAGGUGGCGGUGCACGAGAUUGGCCACGUGUUGGGCUUGCCGCAUCUGACGCGUCAGGGCUCCAUCAUGCAGCCCAACUACAUCCCGCAGGACAACGGCUUCGAGCUGGAGUGGCUCGACAGGAAAGCCAUCCAACAGAUAUACGGUGUGUGCGACGGCUCCUUCUCCACCGUCUUCGACUGGGUGCGCCAGGAGCGCAACCAGCUGGGCGUGCUGGUCACGCGCUUCAACACCUACUUCUUCCGCGACCGCUGGUACUGGAUGUACGAGAACCGCAACAACCGCACGCGCUUCGGCGACCCCAUCGCCCUGUCCGUGGGCUGGCGAGGCAUCCCCGACUCGGCGAUCGACGCCUACGUGCACGUGUGGACAUGGAACAUCAACGCCGCCUACUUCUUCAAAGGAACCCAGUACUGGCGCUACGACAACACCAACGACCGCGUGUACACGGUGGACCCGCAGGGCGUCAGCUACCCCAAGCUCAUCUCGGACGGGUUCCCCAACGUGCCCAACCCCGUCAACACCGCCUUCUACGACCGCCGCGACUACAACAUUUACUUCUUCAAGAACAAUGACGUCACGGCGUUCAACGUGAACUCCCAGCAGAAGGUGAGCGGCUACCCCAAGCGAGUGACGGAUGUCUUCCCGGCCGUGGUCGCGGGCGACCACCCCGGGGGCAACCUGGACGCGGUGUACUACUCGUACACGCACACGGCCAUCUUCUUCUUCAAGGGGGACUACUUCUGGAAGGUGGUGGACGACCGCGACCGCCAGGCCAACCCGGCGCUGCCGUACAACGGGCUGUUGGCGCGCCGGCGCGUGUCCGACCAGUGGUUCGACAUCUGCGACGUUCACAUCAGCAUGCUUACCAGCGCGAGCAAGUGAGGCCACCGCGCAAAGGAUGGCUGGAGUAAGCGCAGAGGUGUCCGUGCGUGUGCGUGUUUCAGCGCCCGAUGCUGGGUUGAAAGAGGUCGAGACAGGGUUGGAAUGAUGUAAAUGGACGUGAGGUAGAUUCGAUUUUUUUUUGGGAAAGUACAAAUUUUUUUGAAAAAAAAUAAUGCAUUAUUCUUAUUCAUCUAUGAGAGCCUCCUUGAGCAUUUCAGGAGGGGUCCUGCAAAGGUUCGCAGUGGUAAUCUGCGGGUUUAGUUUUAAAUGUGGAAAAUGUAGACCGUGGCGCUGACACUGAUGGCCGAUUUGUUGUUUAGACGACGUCGGGGCAUCUUUAACAUCCGCUGGGAGAAGCCGGCGGCGCGCAUUCUUACGGUUUAUACACCCGCAGUGUUAACCAGGGCGGCCGCAGGGCUUGAACGGAAUUGCGUAAACACCGAGCAGUUGCGGUGUAAACUUUUUUGGUUAUUUACUUUGGCGAAAUUUCGUUAAAGCUUGCAAACGCGGACAGCAAAAGAAUGAAUGUGUAUACAAGUUGUUGAAUGAUAAGAGGCGUGGGAUAAAACAAAAAUCAAAGCAAACAUUUAUUCAGAUAAUCCAAAUAUUGGUUUUGUUACGGUAUAUUUAUCAAGGAACUAAUUUAAUAUUUUCCAAAAUUCUGAUUUAUAAUCCCCGCGGCAAAAUCAAAUGGUGUACAAUUAUCGCAUUACGCUUAAACGGUGUUAUUGACUUUACAUAGAUUUACUGCUCGAGGUUGAGCUUACAAUAAUAUAAUAUAGCUCUUUAUAGUCUUUCAAUAAAGGGACCGCAUUGGACUGGAACCAAAUGCCAUGAGUAAAAUGUCCUUUCGUUAAAACUUGUUGACGUAAAAGAGCAAGAGAGUGGGUGAGGCCUUCAAUUGCUCUUUUGAUCGAGUACUUUUUGUACGGCUUACGUGCGGGAGAUCCUUCAUAAUCCGUGGGGGACAGACAGCAGCACACUUUGUUGUGUUGACCCUCAGCUGAGCAAUCGCCAAAGCAACGAUAAUUUAUUACGAAAUGCUUCUUUCUGUGUUUUUUUAUUUUUACCGAUGAGCACUUUUUUUGGGGCGUGAUUGUUUUUUCGGGUGGUUUAUCAAAGGGUGAAGUAAUAUUGAAGUCUUCAAAGAAAACGGGUGAUCUUGCGCUUAUUGUUGUUCCCACGGUGCACGCUUCACGGCGUACGUUGGGUCGGCGACCCUCCAUGUGAAGCACGGUACUUUCUCAGGCACUUUCUCGUGAGGCAAUUUCAGUAUGUUGAAAGAAAAAAAAGCUGAACGCAGCAAUGUACAACGUCUCAUGUCCGACCGUCGCAUAUCCGCCCUGUCCAAUUAAUUGCCCACGCCCAGCGCAUUAUUUGCGCGUGUUGAAACUCUCAUUUCUAUAGAGAUAUUCACAAACCUGACCUUUGCACAAACAUUUAUACAAAUGGAUGUGUAACCUCGCGUAAAUCAGCUCACUUCUGAAGCAAAGUCAGGCGUUUUCCUCACGUUUAAAGCAACAUGUGCUCCACUGCAUUAUAGUCCUCUACCUUAUAAAGACGGUCACCGCUUCUGCGGCCGUCUGGAAUGCUCUUCCUUCCGAUAUUAGGAAGCCUGCUGGAAAUAUUCACUUUUAAAGCGAGCUUGAACACUAAUUUCUUUAUAACUGAUAUUAGUUUGGUUAGUUUGUUGUCUUUCCCCCGCACCUCAGAUUAGCACGGUCGGAUAUGAUCCUUAUGGCGGUACCCGGGCUACCAAAUAAUACAAAAUGGCCGAGGCAAUUAAACAUUUUACUUCUGGGACACUAUUUUUUCCAGGGAUGUACUUAACUCCGCGACUGGGGUACCAAUCAAUCCGAAAUCAGUGCCACUCCGCGAUGUCGAAACGCAGCGAGGAUGAUUGUGCUGAAACCCUGAAGGCUCGUAUCCACCAAUUGAUUGGGUGGGAUCUUGGUGAUUGGGAAUCCAGGCCAUUAUCUGCCUUUCUCAGCGCUCUCGAUGAAGUCAGGGACUUUAAAAAGACUUGUUCUUGUACAGUAUUCCAAAAAUAUAUAUGAAAGUUUACUUCAACUGGUCGUUUCUUUUUUUCUAUAGUAAAGUUUCUAUUAUAACACCAAUAUCAAUAUAAAAAAAUUUAAUCACGCAAAAACCCAUCAAUUAAAGAGUACCUUGUGUUUUUGCAGCUGGUCAGCUUUAGUUGCAGCGAAUGCACAGCUCCUAUAAAGUUGCCGUAUUCUCUCCAUUACCUUCCAUGAUCUUUCUCAGAUUAGUGCAUCGUGUACAGCUCGUCGAUAUGAGUCGAUUGCCGCAUCGCCGACCAUCAACAGACUAGACGUGACUGCAUCACGAACAUUAUUCGAGAGCCGGGGCACUAUGGUACCCUGGGGUACCGUCGUAAGGUUCACAUGUUACGUUGUACCAUUUCUGGAAUCGUUUUCGACGUAUGUUUGUUUGUUUGUUUUAACCGAACACUGUUUCAUUAAGUGAGGUUUCUGAAAAUAGCAUUUUACUCUUUGCCAUAUUCUUUACUGUAACUUUGCCAUAUUCUUUACUGUAACUUUGCCAUAUUCUUUAAAUGUGUUCUGAUGUUUUUUUACAAACGACAUGCGUGUCUAGGUGACAUGUGCAAUAUGAUUGUGUAUUUAAUAUUAAUUAUAUCAGGGUCUUUUAAGGAAUUUAAAAUAAAAUAUAUAUUUCACUUAAUUAUUGAAUGCUUAAAGGUAUAUGAGCAUCUGUAACAGAGUUCUAUUUUGUUUGUUUAUACUCAGUGCAUUAAUGAAAAAUGUUCUGCAUGGAACCACAUAAGUGGUUUUAUUUUUAGAUGAGCAUGUGGCAAUGUUCAUCUUCUGUUUACAGCCCUGAGCCCAUGGUGGGAAUUCCAUAUUUUUUACGGCAGAGACCCAGUCCAUCCAAAGAGAAGCCCUCUAUUGAAUUCCCCCGUAAUGGUUCUCGCUUUAUGGAUCCUCGGCCCCGAUGGAAUGAAGGGCUGAGUGGACCACCGACCGAGAUGAGUUGUCGUGGUCUUGAGUUGCGAGCAGGAAGCCUCAAUAACAGCACUACCUGAGUUGAUUCGACGGGACACGGUUGCAUUAACAAAUGUCACAGAGGUUUGUAAUGAAAUGAAAAAUUGUAUGCGAAUACUGUUCUUUCGUUUAAACAACCAUUCUGUUCUCUGGCAUGCAUGGCAAAUUUUGUACGUUCAAAC